AUUUGACCGUCUGUAAUAUUCGUUGGUUCUCACUUUUGCUGGCACUUUGACCCACUCCCGACUCAGCUUCAAGCUUCCAUCUCGCUUCCGCCCCGACGACCUGUGCACUCUGUGCACCGCUCAGUCCAACCCCUUCGCUACAUCGACUCGCCCCGGGCUGCCGGCUGCAUGAUUUCAUGCCAGACACCGUUGCCAACUCGGACUCUGCAGCAUGCUACGCUACCGCAGUUGACGCCUCUCCCUCGCGCACCGUUCAGCGCGCCCGAGGAGAUUCGCACCUCCCACGCACAAGGAGACCCUCACCAGAAACAGGAGGCCUCGCAAGGUUCAUGGCCAACCGCCUGCGCGCCCUCACGCGCCUGCGCGUCCUCGGCGUAGGCGCCGUCUGGACAAUCGCCGCCUGGCUCAUCUGCCGACUGCUCGGCUCCGCGAAAUCGCCUGGUCUACUGUCGUCGGACUUCCCCUCAGCCUCUCAGAGGCCAGGUGAUGCCCUCGACUCUCGCGACCCCCGAUACCGCGCGCUCGUUACCCUACCGCCCUCACCCGCCCCUUUCCCCUUGCUGCGCCCAACGCGGUCACUUCCUAUUCAUUGCCUUGAGAGCUGGUUCCUCGACGGCACCACCAGCUGCGGAAAGCACGACGCAGGUCCCGAGGUGAAGCUCGAUGCGACGUGGACAUGGGUCAACGGGUCUGAUGGACGGUGGCGCAGUGAGAUGGAGUACUGGCGCGGCGAGGCCGGCAUCUACAGCCCUGACCAGCACUUCCGCGAUUACAAUGAGCUCGUAUACUCGAUGCGCUCGGUGCUCAAGGCGCUCCAAGGUCACCUUCGGACGUUUCAUCUCGUGGUGUACGACUACGCGUUCGACGUGACGCAUGACACAGCCCGACUUACGCCUACCGUGCUCUCGCCGCGUGAUACAUUGCGUGUUGCACAGACACCCACUUGGCUGGACUUCUCGCAGCUUAACGCCAGCGCGAAGGGUCCGAAUAUCCAGUACGCCGUGCACUCGGAGAUCUUCCACCUGCCGACGGUUGCGCAGGACGCCGUUAAGGUCGAGGUGGUUGACGAGGCGGAGUGGAGGAGCAAGUCGCUCCCAUCAUACAACUCCAAGUCGAUCGAGAGUCGUCUCGGCUGGCUUCCCGGGCUUGCUGAGACGUCAAUCGCGCUGAACGAUGAUUUCUUUGUUUUGCGCCCUCACUCUGUCGCUGACUUCCACUCACCACUGUACGGGGAUGUUUUCCGCUUCGAUGACAGCUUCUAUCAGCAACCUCGGCCUGUCUUGGACAAGAAACUGUUCAACGACGCUGGGGAAACGGGCGGGCUGGUUCACGCCAACUACUUCCUCUCAAAGAGGUACCCGCGCCGGCGUCGCCCGUACAUCCUGCAUGGCCCGCGCGUCAUGUCGCGCAACAUGCACCACGAAGCGAGCAUUAUGUUCAAGGACGCUCUUACCGGCAGCUCGUCGCGACGGUUCCGCGAGCUGAAAGAUGGGCCACCCGACAUACAGAUCAUGUUCUUGAUGACUGCGCUUAAGGUAGAGCGCUGGCGUGAGGCGCUGCUGUGGACUUAUGUCGUCGCCAACCUUGGUGGCGUGGAGGGAUUGUGGGGUAACUCUGCGCGGCAGGAGAUUAGGGAGUUCUUCGACAUCCACGAGGACGAGGACGACAUUGAGGGCAUUGAGGUGGAGCGUGGCGAGCGCUGGACCACGAACAGGAUGAGGAUCGACAAGACGUUCGAUCAGAUGGGGUGGCAUUCACCUAUGCGCGUGAAGUACCUGUUCUCAUCGCUCGACGGCCACAUGCCGCCCAUCGUCGAGCCGGGACGUGAACCCAGUUCGAAUGACAAGUGCAACUUGGACCUCAACAAGUGCUUUGGGUCCUUCUGGAGUGAGAAGACCGACAUCCCUGCCGCGGAUAUGUUUAAGCGCCUCACCUUUGAGGAGCCACAGUGUGGCGAUUGCUUGAUCAUGGCGCUCGUCUCAUCGUCUGGGCCUCUUGGCCUAUCAUCGUUCUUCCCGCCCGCAGACGCAAUCUACGUUCGACCGCGCGGCAAAGCGCCGCCGCAUCUCGCGCCCCCACACCUGCCCCUCACACCGACCUGGGAGGAGGCUGAUUUCUCCCUUGCAUCCGUCAUGUCCACCACGUCGAUGCCCCGAGAAAAGGUCAACCUGCGACACUACACAAUGCGUCUUCUCUCGCGCUACAUAUACGUCUCGGGUAAGACCGACGCACAGUUUUUCGAGCUCAAGAACCCGAAGCAGGCCAAUGAAACUCUGCGAGAGGUCGACCGCCGGCCGAACACAGCCAUGCUCGGCCUCAACGACAACGUGGAGGAUGGGGUGGGUGAGGUCAAGGCGCUGCUGGGUGAAUGGUUAGAGAAACGCUGGCCGCAGCCUGCACCGUGGGAGCGGACUUUCCGGGGUUAGUAGACAACCGUACCUUCAUCGUUUGGAUAUGGCACAAUGUCCGACGCCUUGGUCGUUUGCGAACUGCAAGUGCUGGCAGUUAAGAGACGUC